AAAAUGUCUGAGGACAUUUACACAUUCCGCCAUUUGCAAGACAAUGAGGUCGACGCUUUCCUCAAUCAUUUGGUGUCAGUCUUUUCGUCGCGGCCUGGUGGUGUACCGAAAGGCCUUUUCGCGGACCAUUUUUUGAACGAUCCCGACCGUGACCUUGAAGGCAUUCGCGUCGCGGUUCAUCCCGGAAAUGCGUUGAAGAAGGAUGAGAUUGUGGGAACAGUUCGUGUCUACCGUCGCACGCUAAACCUCGGUCCUUUUGGUAAACUCUCGUGCGGCGCGAUAGGCGACGUUGGAACGUCUCCAGCUCACGGUGGCAAGGGAAUCGCCUCACGACUCAUGCGAGAAGCAGAGGCGUAUAUGAUCGAUCGGGGCAUAUCCGUAGCUGUCCUCCACACUGGAUCUGCAGCAAAGCUGUAUGCCAAGCUUGGAUGGUGUACCUGCCCGAUGCGGAUGAGUACCUUGUCCUUUGAAAUAGGUGAACUGAAGAUCGGAGUAGAGAAAUGGAUGCGGUAUGCGCGACCCGUGAAUGUCGAGCGCCGAGCAGAUGUUAGUUUGAUGCGACUGCUACAUGAAAAAUUUGCCCCCGUUGGCAGCUUUGUUCGAUCUGAAGCGUACUGGAGGGAGUGGGUGAGCGCAGAUCCACAGGACACCCGGCGGAAACUUGUCAGACAUGUUUUGGAAGCAAGUGUAGACGGAAAGGUUGUACAGGCAUACAUGUUCCUGGACAUCUCAACACUUGCGGUGCAACAACUUCUGACGUCGGGGAAAGCGGAAACCCCCGUGGUUUCAACCGUACGGGAGUUCUUUGUGGGUCGUGUUGAAGGGGGUACUGUAUCGACUGUACCACGAGAGCAGUUUGUUGGAAUAUUUGGCGCGCUGCUCUUGGCUGGUGUCAAUACCAUAUUUGAUGAGAGCAUCAUUGUUGAUUCCAUGCAGCUAAAAGUCACCUUCCCGGCCAUUCUGAUGCCAGAAGCUGCCAUGGAUGCAAUCCGCGAUGCUGAUUUGUACGAUUGGUUGGCACCACAGAAACGAGUUUUUUACGAAGACCUGGGGUGGAUGUGGAAAGUAUUGAGGCCAUUCGAGUUGGUCUCCCAUGAGGAAACAUGCACCAUUACCUCCAACGAGGAAUUGGUUCAGAAACUGAAAAAUCCCAUCAGCAUCCUUUCAAUUAAUAGCGGUCCGAUUAACCCCUAUGGAUUCCUGAAAACUGACGACUUUUAGAAUUAGCCUAAAUGUCCACAUAACCACAUUUAGUUUAGCUUCAUGUACAUACGCUAGGUUGAAUUGAAUUAUAUUUCGUAAACGAUAAAAGUAUGUCUAUAUAUUUGCACUCGU